GUCACUUCCUGUGCAGGCUGCAGCUAGACUAUCUAGAUCAUUGGAACAUAACAGCAUCUAAACCGUAUAUUUAUUGCAAAACAAUCUGAGGACCACCUGGCUGAUUACCAGAAUGGAUCAAGACUUGUGUUCUCCAGUGGUCGUACAGGAGAGUUUAGAGGUGAAGUCGGAGAAAGACAAGGAGCACACUGAAGGUCUUUUGACCAUCAUAAAGUGUGAAUACGACCCAUCCACUGAUGAUGAUUCUCCGGAGGACGUACCAGAGAGUUUAGAGAUGAAGAAAGAUGAACUGGAUUCAGACGACCAUGGGACCACCAUAAAGUGUGAAUAUGAAACCGUUAUUUUUGAUGAGAAUUUAGAGGUGAAGUCAGAGCCAGAAGAGCUGGAUAUUGAGGAUCAUAUGACCAUUAAUAUUGUGACAGUUGGAUCUCCAGAUGAUGAUGAUGGAUUGAAUAUUACACACCAGAGAAGAACAACAAAAAUGAGACUGCUACCCCAGAGCCCACAUAAAUCUCGCCAAAAGAUUCCCACAGAGAGGAAACAUUCCACUUCUAGUGAGUCUUCAAAAAGACUAAAACAAAAGAAAAGUAUUCAACCCAAACAAAUUAUUUCCACAGGACAGAAAUCAUUUACUUGUACAGAAUGUGGAAAAUACUUUACAAGCAAGUACGGUCUCCAACUACACCAAAGAAUUCAUACAGGGGAGAAGCCUUUUAUGUGCACAGUAUGUGGGAAAUGUUUCAUAGAUAAGAGUAGUCUCACAUGCCAUGAGAGAACCCACACAGGGGAGAAACCAUUUCCUUGUCCUGAUUGUGGAAAAUGCUUUUCAAGCAAGUCGAACCUCCUAAAACACCAAAGAAUUCACACAGGGGAGAAGCCUUACACAUGUACAAUAUGUGGAAAAAGUUUUAUACAAAAAUCAGUUCUAGUAAAACACCAAAAGCUUCAUACAGGGGAGAAACCCUUCAAGUGCUCAGAUUGUGGGAAAUGUUUUAUAAACCAGUCGAUCCUUCUUAGACAUCAAAAGCUCCAUACAGGGGAGAAGCCUUUCAAAUGUAAGGAGUGUGGGAAAUGUUUUGCACAAGAGAGUAAUCUCACCUAUCAUAAAAGGAUUCACACAGGAGAAAAGCCAUUCUCUUGUACAGAUUGUGGAAAAUGCUUUACUUAUAAAUCCAUUCUCAUAAAGCACAAAAUGAUUCAUUCAGGGGAAAAGCCUUACAAGUGUAUGGUGUGUGGGAAAUGCUUUAUACAAAAGUCUGUUCUCCUAAGACAUGAAAAGCUUCAUACAGGAGAAAGGCCUUUCACAUGUGAAGAGUGUGGGAAAUGUUUCGUAGAUAAGAGUCACCUCCGAUCACAUGAAAAGAUUCACUCCGGGGAGAAGUCUUUCACGUGUACACAGUGUGGGAAGUGUUUUAUGCAAAAGUCAUGUCUCAUAAGACACCAAAAGCUUCAUACAGAGAAUAAGCCUUUCAUCUGUACUGAAUGUGGCAAAUGCUUUACACAAUAUGUUCAGCUUCUAACUCACCAUAAGACACACACUUCGGAAGAACCAGGCACAGAAUCUUGACAACUGGUUUAAACAAAAUGGGUCUCUUCUAAACCCUUAACCUCUUUAGUAUAGAAAACCCUGAAGUGUUGUCUUCUGCUGUGUAGAAGAUAUCCUCCUGGUUUCCUUCUUAUUUUUAGCUGAUCGUUGCAAUAUACGUUUGAUGCCUGAAGGAAGAGACUUCUCCUCAUUUUGUUGUAGGGGACAACAAUUAGGGACAAAUUAACCCUAUUUAAAUGAGCACGUCUGUUUAAGAUAUAUAUGAUAAGCAUUGAAAUGUUGUCCAUCUGCAGCACUAGACACCAGAGAGGUUUAGGGUUGGGAUAGCUUUCUGCCAUUUUAAUUAGAGAAACCGUGAACAAGGGGAAUCUAACUUGUCAAGUUAUGGUUUAUAUAUCUACCUAGGAUACAGAUGAUUGCUGUGGGAAAGAUGGUAUUUUAUAUGGGCGUAAAGGGCAGUGCAACUGCUUCAAGAGAAAAAAGUUUCUGGUUUUAAGGAAUAAAUCCCCUCUAUAAUGAGAAGUUGCAUGGUUCUGCUAGGAUGUGUAUGUUUAUCAGUCACAAUAGAAGAAAACCUGGUUGUACAUUAUGGUUGGAAGGAGGACUUUCAUGGAAUCCAUAGGUCUUCCUGCUUCAAUUAUAAUCUGAUUAGUUAAAGGCCGUAUGCCCCUUUUAUGUAGCAGGUGAAUGCAGUUGAAAUUGCAAAUUAUAUUUCAGGCGCUAAGAUCACUAUUAAAUAAAAUCUAAAUGAUCAUUUUCUAAGAGCAGUGUCCCCUCUUUAUAUGCCCAUUAAAUACAGUAGAAUUGCAUAAUAAACAAAUGCACAAUAAAAAGACAAUGUAAUAACACUUAAAGGGACACUCAGGUUUUAUUAAAUUUUCAUGAUUCAGAUACAGCAUGUAAUUUUAAACAACUUUCCAAUUUACUUCCAUUAAAAGAAAUGUGCACAGUCUUUUAUAUUUACAAUUUUUGAGUCACCAGAUCCUACUGAGCAUGUGCAAGAAUUCACAGACUAUACGUAUAUGCAUUUGUGAUUGGCUGAUUGCUAUCACAUGGUACAAGGGGAGUGGAAAUAUACAUAACUUUGAAAUUUGUUAUAAAAAAUCUACUACUCAUUUGAAGUUCAGACUAAGUGCUAUUGCAUUGUCUUGUUAUCUUGCAUUUGUUGAUUAUGCACAUCUAAUGUGUUGACUGGUCCUUUAAUGUAAACGUCAAAUUAGAUUUAUUUUGACAAAUUUAAAGUUUAUAUCCAUUUUCCCUGUCCUUGUAUCCUGUGACAUUAGCCAAUCACAAAAAAAAAUCAUAUACUUCUAUACUGUGACUGCACAGUAGAUGCUGGUGCGUCAGAAAGUGUACAUAUAAAAACAUUGUGCAAAUUUUGAUAAUGAAAGUAAAUAAACAGAAACAUUUUUUUGGUUUGUUGAAACCUAGUGAUACUAGACAAGCACUAAGGUGGGGUGUCCCCUCUCACCUCAAGUAUAUAUAGGUUAGUCUCUCCCUUCUUCUGGUAUCAAUGACAAAUACCUCACAGUUUCAGUGUUGUUUUUUUUGAGGGAGAAAGGGGUUAGGCCAAUAUAACAAAAGCCUCCAACCAAGAUAUGUCAUGAGUUACCUCAUUACUGGUGUCAAAAUACAAUUUGAGGGUCUUAAACACCAUUUUCUGAGUGUAGCAAUUGUUUAAAGGGACAGUCUACACCAAAAUUGUUAUUGUUUAAAAAGAUAGAUAAUCCCUUUAUUACCCAUUCCUCAGUUUUGCAUAAUCAACACAGUUAUAUUAAUAUACUUUAUACCUCUGUGCUUACCUUGUAUCUAAGUCUCUGCAGACUGCCCCCUUAUCUCAGUGCUUUUGACAGACAUGCAGUUUAGCCAAUCAGUGCAGACUCCUAAAUAAUUUCACAGGAGUGAGCACAAUGUUAUCUAUAUGACACACAUGAACUAGUACUGUCUAACUGGGAAAAACUUUCAAAAUGCUCUGAUCUAAGAGGCGUUUUCCAAUGGUUUAGAAAUCAGUUUGAGCCUACCUAGCUUUAGCUUUUUAAAAAUACCACUAAGGGAACAAAGCAAAUUUUAUGAUAAAAGUAAAUUUGAAAGUUGUUUAAAAUUGCAUGCCCUAACUGAAUCAUGAAAGUUUUUAAUUUUGACUAGACUUUCCCUUUAAUUAUAAUAAUAAUACUUAUUUAGCUCAUCGAUAUAUUCUUUUGUCCUGAUCUGAGUUAGAGAUAAGUAUCCUCAAAUAGAAAAAAAUAUUGUCACACUGCUUAGAAAUCUGAGUUUUGUGUGGUUUUAAAAUAAUAUAUCUAUAAAUUGUUAACAUUUUAUUUUCUACGUUUUUGUUUAACAUUUUUUCACUGAAAAAGACAUUUUAGAAUACAAAUUUUGAUGUGUUUGGCAAACUGAAUUGUUGCUGAAGUUUACUGUUUAAUUGUAACAUUUCUAAAUGAAUAGCAAACUGUUAUUUACCAAGAAUGAUAUUAAAACAAAAAAAAGUUUCAAAAA